AUGUACACCCUCGACUACCACAUGAACUUCACCGACAAAAUUAUCGCCACCGGAGACAAACGCUACGUCGUCGAAGAGCAGCUAAACGAAGUCAUCAACCCCCAGCUCGCCCAAUGCCACGUCCUAACUCUAGCAUACGACAUGGAAACUUCGAAUCCGGUUAUGAUAAAGAUUCGCUACGACCUAAACCCUUCACCCUUCGACAUCUCCAACCCCUCAAGCCACAGAGAGAUAAUCGAUGAAGACUUCCUUGACGAAGUCAAAGGUAUCUGGUACCUUAGCCUGCUCGGCCAUGGACCACGGUAUAUCACGCAUGUCACUGUCGGUGCGGGGCCGGAGUUCCCGUCUCUUGAGGGACAGGGUUCCGGGGGGGAAUUGGAUGUUAUUCGGGGGAGGUUGUCUUAUGGGCAGGUUGAGAGUAUUGGAGUGCAGCUUGGGUAUAUUCUUGAGAAACUGGGACGGAUGAACAUUCUCUUGUACGAGCAGGAUCCGAAUUGCCUACGGUUUGAUGUCGCGAAUGACAAACUGUACUUCACCGACCUAUCUUACAUGUGCUUCGGCCAUCCCAAGGAUACCAGUGCCAAAAGACCGACGAACUGGUCCGGCGGCAUCCAGGAAUGGGCUGUGGACCGGGACAGGAAGGUGGGGAUGUUGAGGUUGGACGAAAAGGGUGUUUUUUGUUAUUGA